AUGACCGCAGUCGCAAACCCACCGAACUUUCCCAACUCGAGAACAGCAUGGGGCACUAUUAACGGAAAUCAUCAAAUGAAUUCAGAAGAAGGCCGAGGUGGUAUUGGCAUGUUCGCGCCGCGCAAGGGUCUUACUCGGUCCAACUCGUCAUCAUCUGUCUCUUCAACUUCCUCGAAUUCUUCCGCUACCACAGUUGCCUCAAACGGAUCCCACGCCAAUGGCACUCCUUUGUCUUCGACUACAGAUCUGAGCCAAUGGUCAGCUAACGGCGCCCCUCGAAAACGACCCCAACCGAAAAACCCCUGGCCUCCAGGGAAAGGGGAGUUCCAACAACAGGAUAUGUCACGACUGCCUCAAGGCAGAGGCCAGGGCAUGAUGGCGGCACACGGACCUGUGCAAGCCGGUCCUGGUCAAGUUCAGAUGACAGCCCAAGGCAUGAUGCGCCCUAUGCCAGGUGAACAAGUUCCCUCUGGCCAACCAGUUUUAUAUCUAUUAUCUUUGAACGGCACAUUCGAACGAAAAACGAUCGCCGUUCCAUUUGCCCCCGAAACUCUCCGAAUCGGUCGACAAACAAAUCAAAAGACAGUUCCGACACCAACCAACGGUUUCUUUGACAGUAAAGUGCUGUCCAGGCAACACGCUGAGAUCUAUGCGGAACGAAACGGCAAAAUCUACAUCCGUGAUGUCAAGUCUUCAAACGGCACUUUCGUUAAUGGGACCCGUCUAUCUCAAGAAAACCGCGAAUCUGAACCCCACGAACUACAGACUUCUGAUCAUCUUGAACUCGGUAUCGACAUUGUUAGCGAGGACCAGAAAACUGUUGUUCAUCACAAAGUGGCCGCCAAGGUGGAGCAUGCCGGGUUCAUGAGCGCUUCAAGCAACGUUAUGGAUAUGAACUUUGGCGAUUUAGAUCCUGCCAACGGUGCCAUGAUGAUGCCUUCUGGAUCGAUGCAGAUGCGGGGCCGUACAAACAGUAACGCUUCCGCGGCCAGCAAUGGCCGAAUGAUGCCUAAUGGCGUUGGAGGAGUAAUGAACAUGCAGGCUAACGGCAUGCCACAACAACGACCUUUCUUUCUCACCCCUGUUGCCACCGAUCAGAUUUUGAAGCGACUUGCUAACGAAAUGCGCAAUGCUCGACUCCAGGCUCAGGACCUUGGACGGACUAACCAGUUCGUCCAUACACUAUUAUCCAAGGAUGACCUUAAGGAUCUCGAAAAGCCCGAGGGUCUUGAGCACCCUAAGACGGUGCCCAUGAUGAACGGGAUGCCCGUCCCCUUCCGGGCUGAUCCCAAAGCGCGAUUCUCAGAUCCUCCUGCACCACCUCCACAGCAACCUCUUCCUGAGAAGCCCGAUGUCCCCUCUCUCAAGCGUGGCCCAACUGAGCGGCCCAAGUCGGGACCUCCCAACUCGCCUGUCCGCCCUGACAAUCUCAGCCAAAUUGUUCAGCUCACCGAAGCGUUGAACAACGCCAAGCGUGAUAUUGAUGCCCAAACCGCCCGUAUGCUCGAACUGGAAGAGAUGUUACAGAAGGAGAGAAUCGCCAGAGAGGAGGCAGAGGAGUUGGCUAAACGACUGGAGGAAUCGGCUACUGUACACAUGAACGGAUCGGCCGUGCCUGGAGAAUUGGAACCAUCAGUUGAAGUGUCUGAGGUUUCAGAAGAUGACAAGACUGUUAUCGAUGAUACCGAAACCGAGGCUGCUGAAGAGACAACCCCUGCUGUUGACCCAGCACAAGAAACAGCCGCCGCCCUUCAAAGCCGAAUUGACCUGAUGGAGACCCAGAUGCGAGACAUGAAGGAGCAGAUGGAGGAGUGGAAGCAGCGAUGCGAGACGGUAGAGUCUGAACGCGAUGCCGACAGAAAGACACUGGCUGAGAUGGUCGUUCAACUACGUGCUGAGGAGGCACGCCGAGAAGCAGCAGAAGAGAAGGCCCGAUCGCGUUCAAGAAAGCGAGACGCAGAUACCAAUGGCGUUAUUGCUGGGUCACCCACAGAUUCCAUUGUUUCUAAGGGCCCCACUGGACAUGUUGUCGAGCCGGUUGUCAACGAUGACGCGCCAGAUGCACCAACGUUAUCGCGGGCCAGUACCAUCACACCAGCGAAUAGUGGUGUGCGAGGUCAGGAUCAGCGUCUCCAAGCCGCACUACCAUAUGCCUCUAUGAUUGGUGUUGUUCUGUUUGGCAUGGGCUUGAUGGCGUAUAUCAACGGGUGGCAAUCUGAGCCUCCGCGCCCCGAGCAAUAA